CUUUGAUAUUUUCCUUUCUUGGAGUAGAUAAAGUCUCCUGAUUCCGUCAAGCUAGAUAGUAGAAUCGGUCAUAGCGCUGUGAUUUACUCUCUUUUAGAGGCAGUUGUCUUUCGGUUGUCCAGUCGAUAUAUUAAUCAACAGGUUUUUUUUUUUUUUUUUUUUUCCGAGUUUAGCAAGAUACCUAGAAAGUCCAAACCCCUCCACUUGGACGCGCAUUCGGACAAGAUGUCGGAAAAAUUCUACGUUACAUAUAACCAGGUGCAUAAACUAUGCCAGCAGUCGGCGGAUAGAAUCCUAAAGGAUUUUCGCCCCAAUCUUAUGAUCGCCAUUGGAGGAGGAGGAUACGUACCAGCGAGAAUAUUGAGAUCGUUCCUUAAGCAACCUGGCGCUCCUAAUAUUCCUAUCCAAGCCAUCGGUCUCUCCCUCUACGAGGAUCUAGGCAAAGGUGAUAUCGAAGCUCCGGGUACCAAGGUUACAAGAACACAAUGGCUUGAUAUGAGCUCCCUGGAGAUGGCAAACUUGAUUGGGAAAAAUGUCUUGAUUGUAGACGAAGUUGACGAUACUCGGACGACUUUAGAGUACGCAGUCAGGGAGCUAGAGAAGGACGUGGAGCUCGCACAAAAGCAACUUGGUCGCCAGGGAGAGAAGACCACAUUUUCGAUAUUUGUUCUUCAUAAUAAAAAUAAAGAGAAGAAGGGGAAGCUACCCCCAGAAAUGUUGAAAGAAGACAGAUAUCUUGCUGCUGUCACCACAGAUGAUGUCUGGAUAUGUUAUCCAUGGGAAGCUAAGGACAUCGAAGAGCACGACAGACUCGCUGUGGAACACCCAUUGGUGUCAUAACUUAUCAAAAACAAGGAACCAUUGAUUUCGUGUUCGCUCAAGCUGUCUUCGUAGAUACUCCGAGCCUGGGAGAUAUCAAACUUCCAACGGAACAGGAAGUGCCGUAUAUACUGCGGUCCAAACACCAGGCCUCAUGUGUGUCCUCUCUGGGGACUUUGAUGGAGGCUGCGGGUAGUUGGUGUUUGUUUCACCGAAGCAGUUCUGUGAACCAUAUACCAAUCAUAUUUGAGGUAAAUAAAAAUAAAAAUAAAGCAACAUAGAGACAAGGUAUUUCUGAUCUUGAUGUUAUUGGUGUGCCACAAACAUAUGCUGUAUCUCAGUCAAGGCUGCAGCAUUGCUAGAUCGGUUUUCGUCGCAUGUUUCUCACCAGCUUUAGCGAAGCACCGGACCCUGUUUCAUGGCUGCAUGCCUGGGAACACCUGCAGAACUAGAUGAACACAGCACUAGGAAGUAUGAUUUUGUGAAAUAGCCCAUCCAGGCCAGUAAGAGUGGGCAUUGUGGAGAGGAUUCACCAACUCGCCAUCCAUAAAAGAGCCCUCCCAUUGGGGGGUAGAAUAAAAUUCAUGAAAGCCAGCGAAUAAAUGGGGACAAAAAAUAAAAAUAAAAAUAAAAAGCCAAUGCUGUCGACUCCGUCGUAAUCCGAAUAAAUUUACAAUAUUAAAUAUUCAAACCGAUCCCUCAUGUCUCAGUCCCCAUUAAAUGCAUCGACCCCUUUCCUCAAAAGCAUAGCAGAUGAAGACCCUGUUUAAUCAAC